AUGUCGGCAGAGCUACUUGCACGCCUUGAGGGCAGAAGUUCUCUGAAGGAUCUUGAACCUUACCUGUUUGCUGAGGAAGGAUCUCCUGUUCAUGGAGAUGUCAUUGAAUUCCAUGGUCCGGAAGGAACAGGGAAAACAGAAAUGCUUUAUCACCUAAUAGCCCGCUGCAUCAUUCCAAAAUCAGAAGGAGGACUAGAAGUAGAAGUCAUGUUCAUUGACACAGACUACCAUUUUGAUAUGCUUCGUCUAGUUACCAUUCUUGAGAACAGACUGGCGCAAAGGACGGAAGAAAUGAUAAAGCAAUGCCUGGGAAGGCUUUUUCUUGUGAACUGCAAUAGCAGCACUCAGUUACUCCUUACUCUCUACUCUUUAGAAAACACGUUUUGCAGUCACCCCUCUCUCUGCCUGUUGAUUUUAGAUAGCAUAUCGGCUUUUUAUUGGAUAGACAGAAGCAAUGGAGGGGAGAGUCUUAACUUGCAGGAGAUGAAUCUGAAGAAAUGUGCUAACUUUCUUGAACAGCUUGUGAGGGAGCAUCACUUAGCCCUCUUUGCAACAACACAGACACUAAUGCAGAAAUCUACAAACUCUGCAGAAAGCUUUUUUCCUUUAAAGCUUCAGCAUGAGACUGAUACAGACUAUAGACCUUAUCUUUGUAAAUCAUGGCAACAAAUGGUAACCCACAGGAUGUUUUUCUCCAAGGAUUGUAAUUCUGGCAACAGCAAAGGUUUUACAGUCAUUUCUUGCCACCUCAAAAGAAACCAUGUAGUAAAACGUUCAUUUAGUGUUGCAGAAUGUGGAGUUCAGUUUUAACUUCAGUUUGUUUUUUAAACGUGUAGCAAUUCAUGGUGCUGCAGGCCCUUAGGUCUAAGUAGGUUUUAGUACCUUUUAAACUAGUGGGUUGUUGCUGGAUGAUUAAGGUUUUUUGUCACCAUUUUCAUAACAUUUAGUGAAGGGCAGGAAAUGGUAAAAUAUUUGUAUUACUGUAGAUGUUCAGUCCAAACUAGCAAGGAAUGUUGAAAUUACUUGUUUGUGCUUAAUGCGUAAAAAGAUUAAAGCAAGAA